AUGAAUUGUAGAAACAAUUCAAUUGUUUUUAGCCCAGAAAUGGGAAGGAAAAAGUUGAACUUCAGGACACCAAAGAAAGUGACGAAAGUGAGGGAGAUUGAGGAGUACGACGGUAAGGAGAAUAGGACACAGGUUGAAUACAGGGACGAUAGCAGGGCACAGGUUGAAUUCAAGAAUGCGGAUGAGUAUAUUAGGAGUGUGAGGAAGAGUAGAGGAAAGAGGGUGAAAGAGGAGGAGUCAGUGAUAGAGUUGGGCCUAGGAGAGGAAGUAGAAGAAGGGAAUUUGGGUGAAAAAAGUGACAGGAAUCAAUGGGAAAGUGUUGGGAAAAAGAAGAGGGGGAGACCAAAGAAGGUAGAGAAGGAGGAAGAAGGUGAGUCAAAAAAGAGGAAAAAUAGGAAGAAGACUGGGGUGGAAAUAGUGGCAGAUAACUCGUACGAAUUGUGUGCAAAUUGCAAGAAGUUGGAGGUGGUGCAGAGUGGACUGGUUGAGGCACUCCAAGCUGAGAAUGAGCAACUUAGGCAGAUUCAGGCUGGUAGAGGCAGUGACGACAACUUGUACAAAAAGAUGCUUGGAAUAGACAUAAAGCAGGAGAAUGGUCGCAACCUGUGGACAGUCCAACGAAACGGGACUAGUGGAGUCAUUAGACUGGUAUUCGAGCUAAAGGACGCCGAUUCAGAGACGUACUCGGUCCAGCUUGUUGACUCCACAAACUGCAGUAUUCCGGAAUACAUGUACGGUGGAAUAGAAUUCGAAAAGAGGAGUUUCAUGCUAUUCUUCUACAAAAUCAUGCAAUUUAUAUGUGAGAAAAAGGUAUUGAAAUAA